UUUACCUGUCAUUGUUUUCUUCCCAUUAUUUUAUUUCCUUUUAAUCCUAUUUCCAGACUUUAUAAAUUAAAAUACUAACCAUCUUUGUCUGUCUAUUAUAAGUGAGUAACGUGCACCCAAGUACUAUUCUUCUUAGUUAGAGUCAUUGAUUCAUAGUGCCCAUCAUCAUCACUCAUCAACACACUGUUUCUUCUUCCUUCUACUAUAUUUACAGAUCAAUUUAUCAAUCAAAACAUUCAUACAUUGAUCUGAUUCAUGAUGAGCAGCAGCAACCACAACAAUGGAUCACAGUUUGGGGACACUACGCUGACCAAAGUGUUCGUCGGAGGUCUUGCUUGGGAGACUCCGAAAGACACACUCAGGGAACAUUUUCAAAAGUACGGCGAAAUCCUUGAAGCUGUUAUCAUUUCCGAUAAGGUUACCGGCAGAUCCAAAGGCUACGGAUUUGUAACGUUCAAGGAAGCAGAGGCGGCAAACAAGGCUUGCGAGGAACCGACUGUCAUGAUCAAUGGCCGCCGAGCCAACUGCAAUAUCGCAUCUCAUGGUGCUCGCCGUCAAAGGUCUUCUCCCGCCACUCCUCCUCUUUCUCCUCCACCUGUUCCUCCUCCAUACACCCCAGCAACGAAGAACUGUGAGAGCCAGCAGGUUCAGUGGUAUUAUCCGGUGGGAACACCCACACCUGCACCUCCUUCUCCAUUCCAUCAUCACGCCAUUCCUUUUUACGGGUAUACACCCACCACCUACAUUGCACCAGAUCAUAUGAAUUACAAUUAUUAUAACUACAAUUACAAUUACAAUCACAAUCAGAAGGUGAACUAUGGAAUGGGUGGGAUGUAUGUGUACCCGGCUCGGCAGGGUGUUGUGCCAGUGAUGCAUCCUUUCUACAGAACCGAAGCUAUGGGUGUCCCUGCACCUCAAAUCUUCCAUCCACUACCACCUCAUUAUUCCCCCUCCAUCACUCCUACUACUGCUACUAUUACAGGUCCAGUUGGCACUGGUGAAUGCUUCAAAAGAGUAGUGGUAUGAGUGAGUGAGAGAGAGAGGAGCUUAGUUGGCAUAUGCAUGGGUGAUGGUCGCAAGUGAAAGCACGCAGCUGCAUUAUUACAUCUCAUAUUUCUUCUGCAUCUGCUUUUGGAUUCUUUAUUUUUAAUUCUUAAUCUCAUUCUUUCAUUCUCUCUCUAACAUCUCAACAUCAUGAGCUGUCAACUCUUUCAUUACUACAACAAAAAAAACAAUUAAUAUGCCAUUGUCUAUCUUCAAUUACCCAUACCUAGUGGGUUGCUAGCUUUUCCUCACUUCAACUCUUCAACCUAAAUAAAAUUUAUUUAUUUUUUUCUUUUUUAAUAAUUAUUUUUAUUUAUAGUCUUAUUAUAAAUAAAUAAGAAAUAUUAAUUUCUA